ACCAGCUGUCCUCUGCCUGUCUCACCUGGGCCGGGCCCUUCUAGGCUCUCAUGCUCCUCUCUGCCAGACUGAGCCAGCGGGCAGUGGGUGCCGCAUCACGAUGCCCAGCAUCUUCGCCUACCAGAGUUCCGAGGUGGACUGGUGUGAGAGUAACUUUCAGUACUCGGAGCUGGUGGCCGAGUUCUACAACACGUUCAGCAAUGUCACCUUCUUCAUCUUUGGGCCUCUCAUGAUGUUUCUGAUGCACCCCUAUGCCCAGAAACGCUCCCGCUAUGUUUACAUCAUCUGCAUCCUCUUCAUGGUCAUAGGCCUGUUCUCCAUGUACUUCCACAUGACGCUUAGCUUCCUGGGCCAGCUGCUGGAUGAGAUCGCUAUCCUGUGGCUGCUGGCCAGUAGCUACAGCAUAUGGAUGCCCCGCUGCUACUUUCCCACUUUCCUAGGAGAGAACAGGCCCCAUUUCAUCUGCUUCGUCAUCAUCACCACUGUGAUCAGCACCUUCCUGUCCUUCCUGAGGCCCGUGAUCAACGCAUAUGCCCUCAACAGCAUCGCUGUGCACAUCCUCUACAUCGUGUUCCAGGAAUAUAAGAAGACCAGCAAUAAGGAGCUUCGGCAUAUAAUGGAGGUCUCCGUAAUUUUAUGGGCUUUUGCAUUGACCAGCUGGAUCAGUGACCGCUUGCUUUGCAGUUUCUGGCAACAGAUCAAUUUCUUUUACCUGCAUAGCAUCUGGCAUGUGCUCAUCAGCAUCACCUUUCCUUAUGGCAUGGUUACCAUGGCCUUGGUGGAUGCCAGGUAUGAGAUGCCAGGUCACACCCUCAAAGUCCGCUACUGGCCUCGGGACACUUGGCCCGUGGGGCUGCCCUAUGUGGAAGUCAGUGACAACAAGAACUGCUGACGUCUGCUAGUUCCUUGACUACCCAAGCACCUGCCAACUCGCCUGCAUCUUGGGGAGGGAGCCCUGCAUCAGGAAUCUGAGAGGCACUCACGGUUCUUUCCUUCAGCUCCCUUUCCCCAUCCUCCUUGUCCUGCAUGGCCCCACCCCAAGACAAGUGAUGACUUCCUGAGCCUUCUGUGCAGCAAUCUGAUGACCCUGGGGGAGCAGCCUGGCAUAGCUCCCCAUCCACGACCUGUCCUUAUUCUCUUUCACUUCUUCCUUUGUGUUCACUUUGUGAGGCUGGAUCACCAGGUGCUGUGAGGACCUGGCAACCACUGGCAAGGACUUCAGGCUGAGGCUUGGUGCCCAGGCACUUCAUAAAUAGUGGCAGUCACUACCAGACCCUUUGGACCUGUCUUUGGCCAUGCAAUGUCCCUGGGACUUGGGGGGCAUCCCAGAGAACAGACACCUCAUUCUGCACUCACUCAUGUGUGUGGAGACCUUGCAGGGUCUCAGGGGGCCACCUCACUGGUAGGCAGUGAAGCAACAUGGAGGCCCAGACUGGGUAAUCUGGCUGUCGUUGGGGCAUGAGCAUCAGAAGGGGAGCAGGGGUGAACUCUUAAAGUGAGAGGAGGACAAGAGGAUGAUUAAAAACAACAACAACAACACAACAACAACACCUCAACAAGAACAAGAAGAGGAUGAUUUCCAUGGUGGUUAAGAGCACAGGGCUUGGGGUUAAGCAGAUGUAAGCUCGAAUCCUGCUCCACCAUUCCGCAGCUGUAUAAUCUGGGGGAAGUGAUUGUUUUCUCCUUUGAAGCUCAAGCACCUGUAAUAAGUCUGUGAUGUGAAAAUGUUUCUCCCGUCAUGGGAUUUUUGCUUGGAUAAAAUAUGUAUAAAAAGCAUUUAUCAUGGA